AUGAACAGUGAAGCUGCAAACGAUGCAUCUGCGCCGCGGUUUCAUGGCGCUAUAGCUUAUACACUACAAAAAGAUGCUAUAUCACGGUCUCUCGUAUGUACUGCGCCAGAUUUAGCACAGGUGCAUGGUGAGGCGUUUGCUGCCUGUGUCCCUCUAGCAUCCCGGCUAGGUGAACAAGCACCUGUCGGUCGAGAUGCGGCCGUACUGUGGGGUGCAGAUACAGCCAUACAUGACAUACCAAGGAAAAUUGAAGAUCAAGUAUCAUCUCUCCUUCCAUCUUGGUAUCGCAUGUGCAAUCCUGUUUGUACACAGUGCCAUGUUCCACUGGUGGGAGGCUGGACAGCAACGCGCGUGCCGUACUAUCGUCGUCGUCCUCGCCAAAUCCGUCACCGGAAUAAUUCCAAGUCUACUUAUUCCGCAUGUACAGCGACGGCAUGCACCGUAUGUAAACAUCAACAACCCAUUGCCAAACCUGCCAGCGCUCGUUCUUUUUCCACUGUGCGACAACGGCAGCGACAACGAGCCUGUAUUUUGGCAGGCCAAGUAAGUGAGGUAAAACCAUCACUACAAACGCCAUCUCAGAAGAAGAAAGACGCGGCAAUACCGCCGCCUGCUCCUGCUCCUACCCCACCUAUACCCCACUUGGCCAUACCACCUCCAACGACAACGAAACGCAAAGCGCCCGACAACAAAGCAGGUCUGCGCGCCCUGCUGCAACAAAAAAAGCAGAAAGAAGAAAAUGCAUCCAAGAAGCCGACGAGCAACUUGGCUCACUUUUUGCAGCAAUUGUAA